UGUCCGUCGCAACACGGGGCGGGCACCAGCCCCGAAGGACAGGAGGCGGGAGGAGAACAGAACCUAUUCAGGGAUUGGCCCGCAAGCCAUCAAUCCGCGAAUCCUUUUCCUUUGAUAGGCUCUCCCGGCCGUCAAUCAGGAAUGCGGGCGGGCCUUUUGACAACGCGGGGCGGGACUAACUUUUUGAAGCCGCGAUUGGUCUUCUCGGCUGUCCGUCUGCCUUUACCCGCUGCCUAUUGGUCGAGCCGGCCGUCUUUCCGGCAAUCCGGGCCGUUUGAUUGGGCGGCAGCUGGAGAGGCGGGGCUGUGCGCGGCGGCUGCGCGGGGGGACGCGGCGGGGAGGGACGGACCAGGAAUUAUUUUUAUUUCUUUGUUUCCCAGGAAAAAAAAAAAUCAUAACACGAAUUAAAAAGCCCCGCGCGACCCAACCCCCCGCGGGGGCGGAUGCUGCUGCCGUGACCGAACCGGGCCGGGGCAGCGCGGGGCCGGGACGCGCAGCAGGGCCGGCCGGGUCGGGCCGGAGGCGGUCGGGAGGAUGAAGCGGCGGAGCGCGGACUGCAGCAAACUGCGGCGGCCGCUCAAGCGGAACCGCAUCACCGAGGGCAUCUACGGCAGUACUUUUCUGUACCUGAAGUUCCUGGUAGUGUGGGCCCUGGUACUGUUGGCAGAUUUUGUCCUGGAGUUCAGAUUUGAGUAUCUGUGGCCAUUCUGGCUCUUCAUCAGGAGUGUUUAUGAUUCCUUCAGAUACCAGGGUUUGGCCUUUUCAGUAUUUUUUGUUUGUGUAGCAUUCACCUCAAAUAUCAUAUGUCUGCUCUUCAUCCCAAUACAAUGGCUGUUUUUUGCUGCCAGCACCUAUGUUUGGGUACAGUAUGUUUGGCACACAGAGAGAGGUGUGUGCUUACCAACAGUAUCACUGUGGAUACUUUUUGUUUAUAUUGAAGCAGCCAUUAGAUUUAAAGAUUUAAAAAACUUCCAUGUAGACCUUUGUCGUCCAUUUGCAGCACACUGCAUUGGCUACCCUGUUGUGACUUUGGGCUUUGGCUUUAAAAGUUACGUCAGCUACAAAAUGCGUUUAAGAAAACAAAAAGAAGUGCAGAAGGAGAAUGAGUUCUACAUGCAACUUCUGCAGCAAGCUCUGCCCCCAGAACAGCAGAUGCUCCAAAGGCAAGAAAGGGAAGCAGAAGAAGCAGCCAAAGGAUUAUCUGAUAUGGAUUCCUCAAUACUUUUGCAGCACAAUGGAGGCAUUCCAGCCAAUAAAAAAAUAUCUGCAACGUUGCCAGAGCUAGAAUAUAGAGAAAAAGGGAAAGAAAAGGACAAGGAUGCUAAGAAACACAACCUUGGAAUAAAUAACAAUAUUUUGCAACCUGUAGACUCUAAAAUACAAGAAAUUGAAUAUAUGGAAAACCAUAUCAAUAGUAAAAGAUUAAAUAAUGAUCUUGUAGGAAGUACAGAAAACCUCUUAAAAGAGGACUCAUGCACUGCCUCAUCCAAAAAUUACAAAAAUGUCAGUGGAGUUGUGAACUCCUCACCUCGCAGUCACAGUGCAACUAAUGGGAGCAUCCCUUCCUCAUCUACUAAAAAUGAGAAAAAACAGAAGUGUGCUAGCAAGAGCCCAAGCACACACAAGGACUUAAUGGAAAAUUGUAUUCCUAAUAACCAGCUAAGCAAACCAGAUGCACUGGUAAGGUUGGAACAAGAUAUUAAAAAGUUAAAGGCUGACCUGCAAGCAAGCAGGCAGAUUGAACAGGAGCUACGUAGUCAGAUCAGUUCUCUGACUAACACAGAGCGGGGAAUUCGAUCUGAAAUCGGGCAGCUCCGGCAGGAAAAUGAACUGCUUCAGAACAAAUUACACAAUGCUGUACAAAUGAAGCAAAAAGACAAACAAAUGAUCAGCCAGUUGGAGAAGAAACUAAAGGCAGAGCAGGAGGCACGAGCCUUUGUAGAAAAACAAUUAAUGGAAGAAAAGAAAAGAAAGAAGUUGGAAGAAGCAAAUGCUGCACGUGUCGCAUUUGCUGCUGCUACAAGAGGAGAGUGUACUGAAACCUUACGGAAUCGUAUCAGAGAGUUGGAGACAGAGUGCAAGAAGCUCACAAUUGACAUAAAGCUGAAAGAAGAUCAGAUACGAGAACUAGAAAUGAAAGUUCAGGAGCUGCGGAAGUACAAGGAAAACGAGAAGGAUACGGAGGUGUUAAUGUCAGCACUUUCAGCCAUGCAGGAUAAAACACAGCACUUAGAGAACAGCCUGAGUGCAGAGACAAGAAUCAAGCUGGAUCUGUUCUCUGCAUUAGGAGAUGCAAAACGACAGCUUGAGAUUGCCCAAGGGCAAAUCAUACAAAAAGAUCAGGAAAUCAAGGACCUAAAACAGAAGAUUGCAGAAGUUAUGGCAGUAAUGCCCAGCAUAACAUACACUGCAGCCACCAGCACUCUGAGUCCUGUUUCCCCACAUUAUUCUUCCAAAUUUGUGGAGACCAGCCCUUCUGGACUUGAUCCCAAUGCCUCUGUUUAUCAGCCCUUGAAGAAAUGAAUGCCAAUUUUCUUUUUGCCCAGUAAUUUUUUGUCAUGCUGAAGGCAUCACACAGGAGUGUCUCUUGCAGUCAAGAUGAAAUUGUAUUGUGUGAGACUGUAUUUGUUGUCAUUUAAAACAGGAUAAAAGAACAUCUGGAUUGACUAGAACUGCCCAUCAGUUUUUCUUGUAAAUUUUUAGAAAACCUCACAGAACUUUGCAAUUUAUUUUCCUCGGCCAAUGCAUUAAAAACAAUUCUUGGUUUUCAAGUAGCCAAUUUUGCCUUUUUAUGUACUCUUGCAUGGUUUCCUCUUGAAAAAAUACAGGGCUUUGCUUGAUUUUG